UGGCACUUUGCGCAGUGUCCUCAGCAUGACGUUCGCCGACACUUCGCCGCCGCCGCCACUACCGGCCCCACUCAACCAUACGAAAUUUUCCUUACUACCACACAACCUGUAACGAAGCACAACCAAGAAGUUAUGUUCUACAGAGCGAUACAGCUGUCAAAAUUUUUCAUGUGUGAAAUAUAG